AUGGGAAAGGAAUGGAAACUCACAAGAGCAUUACAGGUACACUGUAUGUACGGAUACGGCCUAGAAACACCAGAAACAUUCGAAUGGUCAAAAAUCUGGUUUCCGGACUAUCAGCCAACCACUUACUAUGGCGAUGGUGAUGGCUCAGUGAACCGACGCUCUUUGGAAGCGUGUCGCAAAUGGAUUGGAAAUAACGGAGGCAAACAGGUGAAACUUUAUGCACUUGAACGAGCCGAGCAUAUGGAUAUUUUGCAGCAUAAAGAUGUGAUUGCGCUCAUCAAGAGUCUGGCAGCGGGUGAAAAAAGCUAA